AUGUACCUCAUCAUCCUCGUCGCCUGUUUUUGCUCUGGUGACAGUGGGUUCGACGGAACGGUCAUGGGAGGCAUCAACAGCAUGAAACAGUACCAAACGUACUUCGACAUGUCAUCCGCUGGGGCUAAGACUAGCAUCGUUUUUGGCGUCUACACCAUGUGCCGCGACUAUACCUGCUUGUCAGUAUCUAUACUACCUGACAUGUUCGGCAGGCGGGUCUCGAUGUUCUGUGGCAACCUCAUGAUCGUCAUUGGCGCGUGUGUGACUGCUACUGCCAAGAAUCGCGCAACUUUCAUUGGAGGCAGAUAUCUGACAGGUCUUGGUUCCGGAACUGCGGGUGCAUCGGCCAAGUCAUUCCUCGGAGAGCUUACCCCACCGCAACACCGUGGUCUGUUCAUGGGACUGUUGAACUCUUUCUACUUCGUUGGCCAGAUCACGGCCAGCGGGAUGAUGGUUUCCACGGGACGCUAUAACAACAACUGGUCGUGGCGCCUUCCUAUCUUCGUACAGCUCGUUCCCGCUGCCCUGAACGUCCUGCUUGUAUUCACAUGCCCUGAAUCUCCCCGAUGGCUCUACAGCGUAGGACGCAAAGACGAGGCCAGGCAAAUACUCGCCAAGCUUCAUUCCCAGACCGGAAACGUGAACUCGCCUUUGAUUGACCUGGAAAUGGAAGAAAUUGAGGAGAAGGUUGCUUUGGAUGGUAGCGACAAACGCUGGUGGGACUUCCGUCCUCUCUUCCGAACCGCUACAGACCGUUACCGUACACUAUUGGUCAUCAUCAUCGGCACGCACUCAUUUUUCUAUCGCGCUUUUGGCCAACUCUCAGGAAAUGGUCUCAUCACCUAUUUCCUGCCUGUGCUUCUGAAGGACGCUGGUAUCAAGAGUCAAAACAAGCAACUGACUCUCAAUUUCGUGAAUUCCAUCACUUCUUACAUGGGCGCUUUAACUGGCUCGGCUCUCGUUGACCGUAUCGGUCGACGUAGAACACUGCUCAUUGGAACCGCCGGCAUCACCAUUAUCCUGGCGAUUGUUAGCGGACUGCUCAGCGAGACAGGAAACGCAGCUCGCUCUAACGCUGGUGUGGCAUUUAUAUUCCUCUUUGGGGUAGUCUUUUCCUUUGGAUGGACCGCGAUGCAAGCACUGUACCCCAUGGAGGUCCUCAGCUACGAAUCUCGAGCCAAGGGACUAGGCUUUCUCAACAUAAUCACGCAAGGAUCAUCCUGCAUUAAUACCUUUGGUUUACCGGUCGCACUACAAAAGAUCGGUUGGAAAGUCUACCUCAUCUUCGUGUUCUGGGACCUAUUUGAAGUUAUCGUCAUCUAUUUCACCGUGGUAGAGACGAAGGGCUUUACUCUUGAAGAGAUUGAAGAGGUGUUCAAACAGCCAAAUCCUGUCAAAUACAGCACCGAGCACAGGUUCAGGUUCAAGCCGACCAUUGCAGACGACGAGAAGGAAUCCUGA